GCAAUUGUAUCUCUUGCGUGCGCCGAGCGAUACGUUGUAGCCUCUAGCGACGCGCGCUUUUAUUCCAACAAAGCCUGAAUGAAAGGCUGCCUGUAUGGCCAUGUUUUCGACCGUAACAUAUAAGCAGAAUAUUAUGUAAUGCAUCAAAUUUUUGUAAUUAUGGUCUAGUCUUUUGCGCGUUUCGUGUCGUGAGUGGCCUACAGACAAGGGGACACUUUCAAUGGACUCUUAAAAUCCAUCGACGUCAGUACAGAUCCAUUCAUUUGAAUACACUAGAGUAGGUCUUCGACGCAUUUGUGCGUACUGUGAAAUAAUUCUCCAAAACUGUAGAUAUAUAUCGUCUAAGGUUGCCUGUACUCGAGCGGCAUCAUGUUCAGCUGGUUGGGUACCGAUGACAGGAGAAAGAAAGAUCCAGAGGUCUUCCAGACUGUCAGUGAAGGACUCAAGAAGCUUUACAAAACCAAACUGCUUCCGCUGGAGGAGCACUACAAAUUCCACGAGUUUCACUCACCCGCUUUGGAGGAUGCAGAUUUUGACAAUAAGCCCAUGGUUCUCCUGGUGGGACAGUAUUCCACAGGCAAAACCAGCUUCAUAAGAUAUCUUCUGGAGCAAGUUCCCGGUAUGCGGAUCGGUCCAGAACCCACAACUGACUCCUUCAUUGCAGUGAUGCACGGCAUGGAUGGACAGAUACCAGGAAACGCACUGGUAGUGGAUCCCAAAAACCCUUUGAAACUCAACGCCUUUGGCAAUGCCUUCCUUAACAGGUUUGUGUGUGCCCAGCUGCCCAACCCUGUUCUGGAGAGCAUCAGUGUGAUUGACACUCCAGGAAUCCUGAGCGGAGAGAAACAAAGGAUCAGCAGAGGCUAUGACUUCGCUGCCGUGCUGGAGUGGUUCGCCGAACGCGUGGACCGCAUCAUCCUGCUCUUCGACGCUCACAAGCUGGACAUCUCGGACGAGUUCUCAGAGGUCAUCAAGGCCCUUAAGAACCACGAGGACAAGAUCCGCGUGGUUCUCAACAAGGCCGACCAGAUCGAAACGCAGCAGUUAAUGCGCGUUUAUGGCGCCCUCAUGUGGUCUCUGGGGAAGAUCGUAAACACACCUGAGGUGAUUCGUGUCUACAUCGGCUCUUUUUGGUCGCAUCCAUUGCUUAUUCCAGACAAUCGCAAACUGUUUGAGGCAGAAGAGCAAGACCUGUUCAAGGAUAUCCAGUCGCUGCCACGUAACGCCGCCCUUCGUAAGCUCAACGAUCUGAUCAAGAGAGCUCGUCUUGCUAAGGUCCAUGCAUACAUCAUUAGCUCCUUGAAAAAAGAAAUGCCUUCAGUCUUUGGAAAGGAGAACAAAAAGAAGGAGCUGAUUAACAGCUUGGGCGAAAUCUACAGCCGCAUUGAGAGGGAACACCAGAUUUCCCCGGGAGACUUCCCUAAUCUUAAGAAAAUGCAGGAGCAGCUUCAAGCACACGAUCUGAACAAGUUCCAGCCUCUGAAGAUGAAGCUGUUGGACACCGUGGAUGACAUGCUGGCCCACGACAUUGCCCAGCUUAUGGUCCUUGUGCGUCAGGAGGAGACACUGCGCCCCAACCAGGUGGUGAAGGGCGGCGCCUUCGAAGGCACCAUGAAUGGGCCGUUCGGACACGGAUAUGGCGAGGGAGCCGGCGAGGGCAUCGAUGAAGUCGAAUGGGUGGUGGCACGUGACAAACCUAUGUAUGACGAAAUCUUCUACACACUCUCGCCCGUCAAUGGCAAAGUGACUGGAGCCAAUGCCAAGAAGGAGAUGGUGAAAUCCAAGCUGCCAAACACUGUGCUGGGUAAGAUCUGGAAGCUGGCUGACAUUGAUAAAGAUGGGAUGCUCGAUGAUGAGGAGUUUGCCUUGGCCAAUCACCUGAUCAAGGUCAAACUGGAAGGUCACGAGCUUCCAAGCGAACUGCCCGCUCAUCUUGUGCCGCCCUCCAAAAGAAAGGUUCCAGAGUAAGAUUGAUUUGGAAUUGGGAUGGAUUUUGGGAAAUCAUAUAGUUUGAAUUAAGGUUGCAGUUGAAUUUCCAAUGGCUGGACAACCUUUAUUAUAGAAAAAGACUUCUUUGAAAUGUGUGGUUUAUGCAAGAAUGGAUUUGAAAAUGACCCUCCUUUUCAACUCUUUUGACCUGUGUAUGUAUUUUUUUCUAAUGAACAAAUUGUGCAGUCUGUUUUAUGUGUGCUUUUACAGUAAUUUUUUUACUCCACGAUUUCAGUUUCAUGUGUUAAGCUUUCAUGACUGUAACGCUGUGUCCUAACCAGACAUGUUUGCGAUGAAUGAUAUUAACUGUAAAACAGCACAUUUUGUCGAAUCCAGUGACAAUUUGCUUCCUAGCCUUUCCCACAGCGAAAUCUCAUUACUUCAUCUGCUUCAGGUAAUUGCGUUACAUUAAACAUCAUUAUCUUCAGAUUAGUUGACACCUUGUCAGCGUUCCAUAGCUGUUUUGUUUUUAGCCGGUUACUUGUCACAUCUCUCCUGGUUAGGACGACCUAAAAUGCUUUUCGAUAUAUUUCACGCUCAGUUUACACUACUGUUUAAGUUUUAGACCAAUAAGUGAUUUUUUUUUUUCUAUUUUGCUCUCAAAGACAAAUUCUGUGAAAUUUUAAGAAAACUAGUUUUGAUUUUAAUCUAUUUUGAAAAGUGAUCUAUUCCUCUAAUCUGAUUACUUCUGUUACCUGCCAUCUUAAACUUUUGAACAGUAGUGUAUAUCAGAUGGAUCUGUGUUUUAGGAGGGACGAGACGUCAGUUAAUGCAGAAAAACAUGAACCUUAUUCUGAAUCUUUGUAUCAGUUGUUAUUCCAAGUACACAACUGUUUAAAAUCUAGCAAGAAAAGUGAAAUCAAUUUUAUAAGUAGGUGUAAUUGUUAUUCUCUUCUUGUUAAGGCGGCAUCUUCAAUGAAUGCGAGUCCUUUCUAGCCUGACCAAGAGACUGUUAAAAUUGUAUAGCCGUCACGUCAGAAGACUUGAUGUUUAGUGUUCUUGAUGGACCCGUAGAGCUAGUAUCCUUGUCAGUAGUCUACUGUACAUGUUAAUUCCUAACAUAUCUAAACUAACUAGGGUUAUAGUAGCGUUUAUAUAAUUCCCGUCGGAUUUCCAAAGAAGAAAAAAAAGAACGAUGCUGCAAAACAGCUUUAUUCAAGUGAUGUGAAGUUCUCUUUUUGAACGUUUCGGCGUUCACAUGCUCAUUUAAAGAGCAGUGGCUUUGGAUCUAAAUAUGUAUUUAGUUAUAUUAUUUUAUUAUAUCGGCAUUUAAUGAACUCUUUACCUCUGUAACCACCCCUUGACAAGCAGUUAUCUUGAGCUGGCGCAUUUUCUCAAGCAGAUUUUAAGGAUCUGAAAGUGAAUUGAUAGAUUUUUAUGCACUGAACUAAAUGGUCUUUAAAGGGGUAGUUUGCUCAAAAACUUUACUUACCCUCGUUUCAUUUAAAACCAUGUUUUAAUUUCAUGGUUGAUGAAAUAGGAGAUGUUUAGCAAAAUAGUCACACUGCUAUUUUACAUAUAAGCUCAAAUAUAACAAAGUAUCAUAAAAGUACCUAGAUAUGACUUAUAUACUAUAUUCCUAGUCUUCUGAAGCCUCGUAAUAGCAUUGUGUAAAAAAAAAAAAAAAUAUAAGUUACUAUUUGCUUAUAUUGUAAUUUGGCUUCUCAUGAUUAGUUAUUGUACAAGACACACUGACAUUUGGUGUCAUUGACAUUAAAGGAAUAGUUUGCUCAAAAAAUAAUUAACAUUCUUCAAAAUAUGUUUUGUGUGUUCAGAAGGAAAAAAGAAAUUGUGAGAGUGAGGUGACAUUUUUGGGUGGACUAUCCCCUUAACAUUAGGAAAAAAAAGAUCAUACUCUAAAAGACUUUUUUGAUGUACUGUUCCUUUAAAUCUGAUCUGCUUUGAUCUCAAUGCCCAUUUGCUUAUGUGAAAUAUCUCCACUAAUUCUAACUAACCCUCUAAGCCUGUUUGGUCAGUCAGUUAAACUGUAAGCUGCCUCGGUGCCUUGAGACACACCCGCCUCUAUCAGACUUGUGACACUAGAGCUGUACAAAGCACACGUAUUCUACAUUAUUACUACAUGCUCAUGAAAAAAAAAACUUUCAUUAAUGCUCCAUUUGAGUCUCUAUAAUGAAAAAGAAUUUGCACAUGAAACUUUUUUUUUUUUUGCCCAUAAUGUAGGGUUGUGCAUUUGUGUGUUUGACCAAGUAUGUACAUGUAUAUGGGUGCAAUAUGGUUUGCAAAUGUAUUGUGAAGUAGUCUGUGUACGUGUGCUUGUUGCUCAUUGUGUUUUAACCGGUGUGGACAAACUAUGUGAGACACUACUGUUCAGGGAGGUGGACAUUAUUCAAAUAAAGAUCUAACUCACUUAAAA